CACAACCCCACCAGGCUCAGAUCACAAAUGUGUUCUUUCUCCACCACUUCCUUUUCCUCCUCCUCCUCCAAGCUCUUGUUCCACCAGCUUUUUGAGAAGAAGUCUUCCACCUACACAUACCUUCUCGCUGAUGCCUCGCACCCAGAAAAACCAACACUAUUGAUUGACCCAGUUGAUAGGACAGUAGAUAGGGACUUGUCGCUUAUUGAGCAACUGGGGUUGAAGAUUGUGUAUACGAUGAAUACACAUGUGCAUGCGGAUCAUGUCACUGGGACUGGCCUUAUCAAGAGCAAAGUUCCUUCUGUAAAAUCUGUUAUUUCAAAAGCAAGUGGUGCAACGGUAGAUCUUUAUGUGGAGCCAGGUGAUAAGGUCCAUAUUGGUGAUCUUUUUCUAGAGGUUCGUGCAACUCCUGGUCAUACCAAAGGUUGUGUUACCUAUGUUACCGGAGAUGCACCUGAUCAACCUCAACCUAGGAUGGCAUUCACUGGAGAUACCCUAUUAAUACGCGGAUGUGGAAGGACAGAUUUUCAAAUAUAUACUGGUGGGAGUUCAGAGCAGCUUUAUAAAUCAAUCCAUUCAUAGAUUUUAACACUGUCGAAGAGUACGCUAAUCUAUCCAGCUCAUGACUACAAAGGAUUCACGGUGAGCUCUGUUGGAGAGGAGCUGCAAAACAACCCACGCAUAACAAAGGAUGAGGAAACUUUCAAGAACAUCAUGGCAAACUUGGCUUAUUCAUAUCCUAAAAUGAUUGACAUAGCUGUCCCAGCUAAUAUGGUUUGCGGAAUCCAAUCCAAUCUAAAGCAAGCUGAGGCUUCAUAAGCCUUAUCUGAGAGUCACACAUUGAUGUUAUUUGA